CGCCGCAGGUGGGCAGCAUUGAGCCGCUCUGCUCCCCCCCACCUCUCCCUUCGCACGCGGCAUUAGCAUUUUCCCUCAAAUCUCUCCACCUCACCAAAACACUCCGAAUGGGAAUAAAAUAUGGCAUGAGGGAGGCGGCUGACGACCACCGUUCACCGUCUUCUACCGAGCACGAGCCCUGGCUGAACAUGGAUUUAAGGAUACGCAGCGGCGCGUGUGGAGAGCAGAGACAACGGAGCACAAAGCGGAUGGGAGAAAACGCUCGUGUCCUCGCUUAGCGUUUCUGCAACACACGACUCAUCAUCAGCCUGUAUUAUCUUUACACGCGCGCAUAAGGGACACAAGGUUGGAAGCUGGUGGGCUGAUUCAAGCCUCCCAGACUGUUUAUACAGAAAAACAAGCGGACUGUUGGUUCUAUUCAUCAGCCUCGUCGGUUCCAUCAUCCCGGUUGAAUAAAAGACGAGAGAAUGAGUGAACAGAGUAUCUGCCAGGCGCGGGCCUCAGUGAUGGUCUACGACGAUGCCAGUAAGAAGUGGGUGCCCAUCAAGCCUGGGCAGCAGGGCUUCAGCCGCAUCAACAUCUACCACAACACUGCCAACAACACCUUCAGAGUGGUGGGCGUCAAACUGCAGGACCAGCAGGUUGUGAUCAACUACUCCAUAGUGAAGGGCCUGAAAUACAAUCAGGCAACCCCGACCUUCCAUCAGUGGCGUGACGCCCGCCAGGUUUAUGGGCUAAACUUUGCCAGUAAGGAGGAGGCCACCACCUUCUCCAACGCCAUGCUGUUUGCCCUCAACAUCCUCAGCUCACCUGACAAUGGAGGUCCAAUCGUCCAGCGCCAAAAUGGGCCUUCCUCAGAGGAAAGCGAGGCACAGAGGAGGAUGAUGGAGCAACAUCAGAUGCAGGCGCACAAGGAGAGAGAGCGACGAACGUCAGGAUCAGGCCCCCCUGUCUCUGCAGGUCACCCAUCUAUGCUUUCUGUGGCACCUCCUCCAUCUGCAGUUCCACCACCCAUGGCUGGUCCUCCAGCCCCACCACCGCCACCGGGUCCACCGCCCCCAAUGGCGGUGCCCCCACCCAUGCCCCCUCCACUGCCCACUGGUGGAGGGCCUCCUGGGGGCCCGCCCGGGGCCCAGCACCAACCCUCAGGACUGGCUGCAGCACUGGCUGGAGCCAAAUUACGUAAAGUCCAUAGGGAUGAGAACAGUCCGCCCGGGUCUGGUGGCAAAAGUGACUCCAAUCGUUCUAGUGGUGGCAGUGGAGGUGGUGGGGAGGGACUGAUGCAGGAGAUGAAUGCCUUACUAGCUCGCAGACGGAAAGCUUCAGAGAAACCUGAUGAAGACGACUCCAGUGGCAGAGGGCCAGGUCAGCAGAACUCAACAGAUGCUCUAAAGAAGCCAUGGGAACGAUCCAACUCUACAGAAAAGUCGUCACUGGUGUCCAGAGUGAGACCCAUCGGCAGUACUAGUGAAUCAGACACAGAAUUUGACAGGAUGAAACAGGAAAUCUUGGAUGAAGUUGUACGCGAGUUGCAUAAAGUGAAAGAUGAAAUCAUAAAUGCCAUCAGACAAGAAAUCGGCAGAAUCGGUACAUCCUAAUCUUAUCUGAGCAACAGUAGGAGGAAAGCAAGAGGAGGAGCUGGAGGAGGAUGGACAUGCAGAUGCACAGACACGAGGACCAGGGGAAUGUUCUCUCAAUGUUUCUGUGACCUAGCGACGCCAUGAUGCAAGUUGCAGAGAUGUUGUGCCAACAUUUGAGUCUGCUGGACAGCGAAAAUGAAAGAAACAGAGCAAGGUUAUUAAGACAGAGGAGCAGAAGACACAGAGGGAUGGAUAAAGAAAGAUUAAAGGACUGACAAACUGAAACAGAGGAUGACAAAUACACUAAAAGAUGAACUGAGGGAUGGACGGACAUUCGUGCUGAGUUUGGUGUUGUGGUCCUCUCUGUGCACCUAGACUCAGUCAGCCCAGUGUUGCAACUCUUUGUUCUCUGUUCAGUCCAAUUCUUAAGAAGAAAAUAUUUUUGUUUUCUAAGUUUUUACUGUUUUAUUAUUUAAAAACUGUGGUGAUGAUGAUAUUGAUGACAAUGAGUAUUUUAUUGAUAUUAUAGAAGGAUAAAGGAAUCUUGCACACCAUUUAUGUCAGCCUUUUAUAUUUUCUAUCAUUUUUUGUUUAGUUUAUCCCUAACUAUUUCAUAACAAGCACAAUAUGGGCAUAAUGGUGCUGCAGACUCACCUGUCCUCAACUGGCAUAUUUAAACACACACAAAAAACAGGCUUUUUAUGACCUUGUUCAUACUGGUGUUGGGUGUGUCUAAUCUUUUCUCUCCAGACAUGUUGCAAAACGUGUUAAUGUUUGAACCACAAUUGGCCAAAAUGACCUCUUUCUUUCAUGUCGGAGGCUCAAAAUAUUGCAAAUGAGAAAUUGAUUAUUUGGCAAUUAAUCAAAUAACACACAAUAACAGUCUGCUCUACAACUCCAGUGUGACCGAGGUACACAUUUUUCUCUACCUGUGCAGAUGUGCGAGAUAAUUGAAACUUGGGGAUCAUUCACAAAAGCAGAUAACUGUAAAUGUGCCACCUGGUUUUACCUAGAUAUAAAACAAUAUAGUACUACCUAUUAGCCAUCCUAUGCUUUGUGAACCUCCCAAGUAUGCAUGAAACCCCCAUCUCUAUGGAUUAGUUUUUUUUAUUUGAUUUGGGGAAGAAGAAAAAAAUACAAACGGUGGUACAUUUAUUAUAGUGGUUUGUUUCCAUGAAGAUUCCCCUUUCUAUAUAUGAAAUGUUGAACUUGAUAAUGGUAGCAAUGUGAAAAUAAUAAAGGGGGGUUGCUCUGAGAAUAUGCAAAUCUAACCUAGAUAAGAAUGUGCAGAAAGUGAAUGGUAGGCCUAUGUGAUGGUAGCUAAAUGUGUCUGAAGGAUUUGGUUGAAUAUCGGUUGUUGCAUUCUAUCCGCUCUGUCUGCUCUCAACUACGUUCUGAUUUAAAAGCUGGAAGUAAAUUCAUUCAAACAAAAGCAA